GUCCAUUUCUCAAACUGUGACCACUCUGCUCUCUCCCCUGCUUCUUGGCGACAAACCCUCACUCUGUCCGUCUGUCUGUCUGCAGUUACAUCCUGUCCAUUUCUCAAUUCUUGUGUUAUAGGUAGAGAAAGUGAAGACAUUUUUAAAGAGGAGGAGGAGGAGGAAGAGAUCUAUCUAGUUAGUAAUAAUGGAUUCGGAUCAGGGGAAGCUUUUUAUCGGGGGUAUUUCUUGGGGGACGACUGAGGAGAAGCUAAAGGAUCAUUUCGAGGCCUAUGGCCACGUCCUCCAGACAGUCGUCAUGAGGGACAAGACAAAUGGAAGGCCUAGAGGGUUUGGAUUCGUCGUCUUCGCUGAUCCCGCUAUUCUUCUUAGAGUCCUUCAGGAUACACACACCAUAGAGGGUAGAACGGUAGAAGCGAAGAGGGCUCUACCUAGAGAGGAACAACAACAACAAAAAACACCUUUCAGGACAGGAAACAACAACAUUAGUAGUAGUGGUAGUAGUGGUAGGUAUAGGACGAAGAAAAUAUUUGUUGGAGGGUUGCUUCCUACUCUUACAGAGGAGGGAUUUCGUGAUUACUUUGAAGGUUAUGGCAGUGUGAGUGAUGUGGUAAUUAUGUAUGACCAGCAAACUCAAAGGCCUCGUGGUUUUGGAUUUAUUUCAUUUGAAAAGGAGGAUGCUGUUGAUAAGGUUUUGCAGAAGAAUUUCCAUGACUUAAAUGGUAAGAUGGUAGAGGUGAAACGCGCACUUCCUAAAGAUGCCAACCCUGGCGUUGGACGUCCUGGUAUGGCUGGUGGUGGUAAUUUAGGUUUGGCUUACGAUGGGAGAAUUAUAAGUUUAAACAGAUACAUGCAGUCUCAAAAUCCAGGAGGAAGAGGAAGCGCAUUUCUUCCUAAUUAUGGUUCUUCUUCUGGAUCAUACGGUGGCAGCAAUAAUAACUUGUAUAGUGGUUACGGAAUUAGUUAUGGUGGUAGCCCUGCUGGUGGGCCAAGAGCGUCGACAUGGAACAGUCAGGGUCCAGGACCCUCAGGAGGAUAUGGUCAUGUUGGCUACGGAGUUAAUGGUGGUGGUGGUGUUCACGUUUCAGCAAAUAUGGGUCAAAGUUAUUAUGGUAUUGGUGGUGGGUAUGGAGGAAAUAAUCAUAAUAAUAGUAAUAAUAAUAAUGGGUCUUAUGGGAUUAAUCAAGCUGCUGCAUUUGGUGGUGGCAAUAAUUCUUCAGGUGUAGUAGAAAUGCAUGGGAAUUACUUUGGUGGUAGCUAUGGGGCUCAGUCUGCAAAUGGGCUAGUUCCUAGUGGAUAUUAUUACCCCAGGUGGGCAGGUUCAACAACAGUAAUGAACUUGAUGGAGGGAUCCUGAGAAACAAAUCUCAACGACACUCGCCUCUUGGAAGUCAUUGCAGUGGAGAUGGGAUUGGUUCGAUUGCUUUACUAUUGCUUAUCUGAGUGUUGUCUAAUUAAGUUGUGCAUUUUUAUUGUUGUCAUAGUGCCUAAUAUAAGCUGCAGUUGUUACUUAUGUACAACUUAUUUGGUUUUAAGUAAUUUUGCUUAUUAGU